AUUUCUUAAGCAGCGACUUCAGCAGGCUGUAACAGGAGGUAUAGGAUAGUCCUGAACUUGGUUUUCUGUCGACUUCAAAGCUCCAAUCUGUUUGGCCUCCAUCUGCACUAAUUAUGGAGAAACCCUGCAUACUGACCACUGUGCCUGGACCAAAAGGCAUCUAUGAGUGUUUUAAACCAUGCAUUGAGAAGCAUUUCACAAUUAUCCACUAUGAGGAGUUUGUUAAAAGAAAGGAACAUUAUGCAGAACAGAUUCAGGCUAUUUUUGUGUGGGGUGUUAUCUUAAAGGUUAAUAUGGAGCUUUUACAAACAUUACCCAAACUCCAGGUUGUUGUGAAUGGUGGUGUGGGAGUAGACCACCUGGACAUACCGCUGAUCAAUAGUUUUGGAGUUAAGGUGUGCAAUACUCCGCAUGUAGUUGACAAUGCGACAGCUGACAUUGGGAUGGCACUAAUGUUGGCAUCAGCAAGGAGAAUUCUUGAAGGACAUAACUUUUCGAAAUACCAUGAAUCAGAAUACAUGCCAGAGGCUUCUUUGGGCAAUGAUGUCAGUGGCGCCACUUUGGGUAUCAUUGGUAUGGGGAGAAUCGGUUAUAAGGUUGCCAGGAGGGCUCAAAGUUUUGACAUGAAAAUCCUCUAUCACAACAGGAAUCAAAGGACAGAAGAAGAAGAGAGGGCAGUGGGUGCUGUCUAUUGUGAGAAAAUGGAGGAACUGCUGCAAAAGUCUGACUUUGUAAUGAUUGUGGUUAAUCUGACUCCCCAGACACACAAGCUGAUCGGUGCUAAAGAACUUGCCAUGAUGAAGCCCAGCAGUACCCUCAUUAACAUCAGCAGAGGUUUGGUUGUUGACCAAGAUGCUUUGGUUGAUGCUCUCCAACAGAAAGUCAUAAAAGCUGCAGCACUGGAUGUCACAUACCCUGAGCCUCUCCCAAGAGAUCACCCUUUACUGUCAAUUCCAAACGUAAUUGUCCUGCCGCACAUGGGGACGCACACUAUGGAGACCGCUCGGAUCAUGGUGGAGAAAAUGGUGGCCAAUACCCUGGCAGUUUUGAAUGGGGAGAAACCUGAAAAUGAAGUGAAGAUAUAGAUCACACUCACCUGUGUCUCACUUCCUACCUUUAAAAGCAUAUCUUCAAAGCUGAUUCUUUUACUACAGUUUAAUUUACAAUAUGUAGGGGCAGUGAUAAACACUAAACAAUCUAGAAAGUCUGUCAAAAGGUUUGAAACACCUAGUCUUUCAUCAUUUUCCAGAGACAUAUGCAUGUUCAUUUUGUUAAUAUGAAACAAACUAGGUCAUUUAUUAAUGGUAUGAAGAUGUACUUUGACUAAAAAUCCCCCCCAGAUGUUACACUUUAUAUCCCUGAAAAAUCAUUCCUAAGCAUAAAUGAACAGCUUUGCAAACUCUUGGCAUCCAGACAAUUUCUUAUAAAUACUUUGCCAGGCCUCUUGUGAAACUUGCUAAAGGUCGUUGUAACUAGUUGAAUAUUACUUUCUGACCUUGUGAUCCAGUUUAUCCCAGAGCAAUUCAAUAGGAUUUGGGUGAUAUAACAAUCCAGGCAAAUGUUUGCUUUCUAUAUAACCCUUACAGAACUUGGACGUAGGCUUCAGGUCAUUGUUGUUGUUGUUUUAUGGUGAAGUUGGUUUCACUUAGUCACAGUCCAGUUGCAUGGAGUUGAAGUAUGAAAUCGUAGCCAUGUCAGUUCAGUGUUUCAUUUACCCGAAAUAGGUCUCCAAAACAUUAAGAUUCAAACUCCAUGUUUGGCAGUGAGUGUGUGGUGGUCUGGUAACUUCUUCUCUCCAGUUGAUGUCUUACUCAAAAUCUCCUGUUGGAUCUUUCCACAGAACUUUUAUUUACUGUCUUAAUUUUUUCUUUGUGUUGACUUUUACCUUGUUUGUUGCAUCUAAACAAUUGGAUUAUACAUGUGUUUCAAAAACAAUCUUUUCUCAGGCUGUAGAUAGUAAAGUUUGUAUCAUAUUGUUCUUAAUGGAAUUUUAAAAUUGAACAGUUUUACCUAUAAGGGAUGUAUCUGACCUGAUUUUAUUAAUGUUUUACAAAAAAAUGUGUAAGAUUCCAGGAAACUUUCAAUAAAUCAAUAUAUGUUUGUCAAAUGCAAA